UACGCUGUGGUUUGAGGGUUAUUUCACCUUGCUGAUCCUCUAAAAAUCAGACGUGCUGGUUUGAUACUCGAAGUCAGUCUGGGGCUGCUGUGCCGGUGAUAUGAUGAGGAUCUACUGGGCAACCAUUGCUGUCAUCUGCUUGGGACAUGCAGCGAGUUCAAGAGACUGGAUCAUCAAUGGACGUGAAGCAAAACCAAACAGUCGACCCUACAUGGCUGCUUUGUAUGGGGGAUUAGAAACCACACGUUUUGUUUGUGAUGGAUUUCUAAUCCGUGAAGACUUUGUGUUGACCGCUGCUCACUGCAAGGAAAAGUCAAUGAUUGUGAAGCUUGGUGUACAUCGCUUGUCUAAACCCAUGCAGGCCUGGCAAGUGAUAAAAGUGAAAGAGACUUUCACUCACCCAAAGUACACCUUGAAACCAAUGAGGAAUGACAUCAUGUUACUAAAGCUCGCCAGUCCUGCCAAGCUGAAUCGAAAUGUGAGUCUACUUCCACUCAGUGAGCGCAAGGACAAAGAUGAACGAACUGGAAUGUCCUGCUUCAUUGCAGGAUGGGGUACAAAUGAAACGGGUGGGUCACCAAGUGACGUCCUGAUGGAGGCAGACAUCAGCAUUACUGACCAGAAGGAAUGCAUUGAGAUAUGGAGCAAAGACUUAGUGACGGCAAAUAUGAUCUGUGCUAGGGGUGCUCGUAAACAAGGGAUCUGCCAAGGAGAUUCUGGUGGUCCAAUGGUGUGCAAAAAGAAAUCUAUUGGCAUUGCCUCUUUUACUGGUCCAAACUGCAAUAAUCCAUGCUACCCUAAUGUCUACACGAGGGUGUCUUCAUAUCUGGUCUGGAUAAAGCAAAUGUUGAAGAAUCAUCCCCUUCAGUAAUGCACUUUCAUCUUUUAAUUAAAGCUUCUGUUCCUCAGUUUUGAAAAUCAUUCUUUUAAGUUCUGCUGCCUCACAGCUCCUGAGUCCUGGCUUCAAAUCCCAGUCAGGUCACUCUUUGUGUAGGAUUUGCAUGCUCUCCUUGUGUCUGCAUGAGUUCUUCUCUGGGUUCUCCAGAUUUCUUUCCUUAUCCCCAGUACAUGACUUUACAGACAAGCAGGUUAGAUGAAAUGGUGACUCUAAACUGGUCUGGUGCCUUGUGACAAACUCACAUCGCAUACAGGGUUGUAUUUUUGUCUAGCACCCAGUACCACCAGCAAAUGGUCAGCACCCUACAAUCUUGAUCUGGCUGGAUAGAUGACAGACCAGCUCCUUUGCAAAAGACCUGUCCACUGAUGAACCUUUUCUGAUUUUGAAAAGACUGUGCAUUACUGUUGUCUCAAAAAAAAGUUGUAUAAAAUUAAAGAAUGCAAGGUUUACUGGU